CUGAUGUACUCAAUAACCCAAACCAGGCCUGAUAUGGCCUUCCUACUGUCUGUGACCUCGAGGUACAGCUACAACCCGUCGUCUGAACACCAGGCACUCCUCAAGCACAGAUAUCGCUGUUACCAACGCACCAAGCAUCUAGGGCUCGAGAUCGGGAAUAAGGACGGGAUCCUGCUCUACGUACGCUGGGACGACGAGACGUUCAGCCACAAGGCAGCACGCUACGAGAAUAGACUACUUAUAUCCCUGGAAAGGAGACAAGGCAACGGGCUGUUCAACGUACAGCCUCGUUGUUCAAAUAAGCAACAGCAUGAUUGA